AUGGGCGUUGGUGAUCGUACCAGGGUCAUCGUUAAAAACUUGCCUCCAAAUUUGGACUCCAAGGGGAUUGAAAAGUUAAUAUUGCAGAAAUGUAAAGAUCUCGGACUAGUAUGCUGUGAUUGUAAACUUUUGACAAAGAAGAAACGUGAUCACAAGACAACAGUCGAAGUAUCACGAAGAUUAUGCUUCGUUGGAUUUUUGAACGACACUGACGCAACAAAAUUCCUUGAGCACUAUGAUGGAUCAUAUUUUAGGACAUAUAAGGUGAAUAUCGAAUAUUCAAGGCCAAUUCCUAAGACAGAAGUAUCAAAACCUCAGUCUUCCAGUGGCAACAAAACACUUACAGUAACCCAGGUUAGCGCACCAAGGAAGGCUGGAGUUUCCAAUAAGAGGAAACAUAUUCUGUAUGAUGAUACGGAUGAUACAAAUGUAGAAUAUAAUGCAGUGUCUAUUGAUAAGUUGGAUUCUAACGCAGAUCAGAGUGAAAACUCUACCUCAAUUGAGGAUGCUUCUCGUGUAAUAAUAUUUAAUCUUCCAUAUAAUAUAACGGAAGGAGCAAUUCGUGAAUUUUGCAAGCCGUUUGGUCCCAUUAAAGAUAUUCAUUUGCCAAUGAAUACUCAAUUUACUCUACAGGAUUUACAUGGAAGUGCAAAUAACGAAGAUCCCACAGAAGACAAAGACUCUACCAAUUUGCAGAUUAAACCCGCAUCACAGGAUGUAUCAAAGAUGACAAAGGGAUAUUGCUAUGUAACAUGGAUGUUUCCUUCGGACGCAGUUAAAUUUAAAGAUGCCAAGAAUAGAAGCAUUUUUUCUGGAAGAAUUAUCCACGUUGAUAUUGCUAAACCAAAGGUUAAGCCAGAAUUAGAUUUUACAGAUAGAAUUAAACGUAAAUCCUAUAAGAAGGAAGCAAUCAAAAAAAAGAAGGAAGACGCUGAAAACGUAGGGAUUUGGAACACAUUGCACAUUGAUAUAAAUGCCACUAUAGGUUCUGUCUCAAAACAGCUGAACAUUGAAAAGGGGGAUAUACUCGACGAAUCAUCUGCAGCUGUAAAUGUUACGCUUACAGAGGCAUAUGUAACAAGUAAGCUUACGGAGUGGUUGGUAUCACAGGGUAUAAAUUACGAGCAAUAUGAAACAAAGGGUACAUUUUGUCGAUCUGAUGAUACUAUAAUAAUAAAGAAUUUACCUCCAAAUACGGUAGAAAUUGAGCUGCUUGAAAUGUUCCGUCAGUUCGGUAAGCUAAUACGAUUUUCUCUUUCUCCAUUUAUGGUAAUGGGUAUCGCCCAGUUUUAUGAUUCAAAGUCAGCCAACACUGCAUUUAAAAAUUUGGCUUACAAGUCAUACUUAAGUUUACCGCUAUAUCUAGAAUGGGCCCCUAUUGGAAUGUUCCAUCCAGAUGCUACAAUAGAUGAUAGUCUAUUGAAUGUCACUAUCUCUGAUUCUAAACCAGAAGAAUCUUCUGAACCAAAGGAAAUACCUGAGGCUGUAGUACAGGAAGAACAAAGGAAGGACACUCCAGAGGAGUCGAUAUUGCACACUAGUGUCUAUCUGAAGAAUUUGGACUUUAAGACUCGUGAUGAAGACCUCCAUUCUCAUUUUAGCAGUUAUCCGGGAUAUAUUUCCAGUAAGGUGGUUAUUAGAGACGGUUUGUCUAUGGGCUUUGGAUUCAUUGAAUUCGACUCCUUGGAACAUGCCAAGGCUGCUAUUAUGAAGGCAUCUGGCAAAUUAAUUUGUGGAAGAUUGUUAGAAAUGAGUAUUUCAAAGCAAGAAAAGAAAGAAGUUGUGAAGCUCAAGAAGCAAGUGAUUGCUACUGCGUCUACCAAGAUUAUAGUAAAAAAUUUGGCAUUCCAGGCGACGAAAUCCGAGAUACACAAGCUAUUUAGCUUCUAUGGCAAUAUUAAAUCAGUUAGAAUACCAAAGAGCGUAAAGAAUCAGCAUCGUGGAUUUGCUUUUGUGGAUUUCAUGACGAAACAGGAAGCAAUACAUGCCAUGGAGGCUUUGCAACAUUCUCAUUUUUAUGGAAGACACUUGGUUUUGGAGUUUGCAGAACAGGAGGAGGACUAGAGUCUCUGUGACAAGGCUUGGCGGUUUUCAUUGAUAUUUUACCAAUUUUGGUGGAUAUGUUGCAUCGCACAUAAAUGUAUUGGAGCAGUAUUUUAUACCAAAGCUGUUAUAAGAGCACACAUGUAACAUUUUGUCAUU